UUAGCAAAAAUGGAGCCCUUUCUAUUCAAUACGAGCGUACACAACGCCUGCCUGAUGGAGUGUAGUCGAGUUAAACCAUUACAAAUGUUGAAAAAAUGUGUGCAGGAUCGACUAAUGGUGGCAGCUGAUGAAAUAUUGGCGCUGUUUGAAAGAACAAUAGCGUCGUACGAGGAGGAACUCUCUCGAACAAAAAAGCAGGAGCGACAUCGACAACAACUGGAAGCUGCUCGCAAGACUCAAACAGUGUUACACAUUAAAGACUUCCAGCAGCUGACUAGUUGUCAAGAGGAACGUCCUUUGAAGCCGCACAGGGGGAGCGCCACUUUAAAGCAGGAGGACCUAAGGCCCCCCCGCAUUAAAGAGGAAGAGGAGGAACUCUGGACCACUCAAGGAGCAGAGUGUCUUCUAUGGCCUAAUGAGGCCAAUCUCACCAACUUACCAUUGACUAUUGUCUCUGUGAAGAUCGAAGAUCAUGAAGACAAACCUCCUGAGCCCUCACAUUGUCAUCACAGUCUAAGUGAGGAGAACAAAGGGGCAGAGCCUCCCAGUAACAGCUCAACACAAUACAUGACAAGAGCUGAUGGAGACCAUCACGAAGAGUCACAACCAGACAACCUCAUAGCUCCAGUAUCAGAUAGUGAUGAUAGAACAUCACUCUACUCUACUGUAUCUGACGAUGAAGGCGUCAACGACACUCAAGAAGUAUUGGGCACCAAUAUAGACUGCGAAGGUGAUAUAAAUACUCUCACUGACAACAAAUGCUCUAAGUACUAUAAAAAGAAGACAGGUACAACAUUUGCAAAAUAUUCAGUUUGUGCUAAAAAGAGUGAUUGGACUCAACACUUGAGAAGGCAAGCAGGAGAAAAACCUUUUAGUUGCUCAGUCUGCGGUCAUGCAUUUUCCCACAAGUCCUCUCUAAAUUGUCACAUAAGAACACACACAGGUGAAAAACCUUUUAGCUGCUCAGUUUGUCAAAAAACAUUCUCGGUCAAAAGUAAUAUGUUGUCACACAUGAGGAUACAUGAAGGCGAAAAACCUUUCAGUUGCUCAGUUUGCGGUCAUGCAUUUACCCAGAAGUCGACCUUGAAAUGUCACAUGAGAACACACACAGGUGAAAAACCUUUUAGUUGUUCAGUUUGCCAUAAAACAUUCUCUGUAAAAAGUAAUAUGUUAACACACAUGAGAAGACAUGAAGGCGAAAACCUUUUUGUUACUCAGUCUGCAGUCAUGUGUUUGGCCACAAGUCCACUUUAAAGUGUCACAUGAGAAUGAAACACAGGAGAAAAACCUUUCAUUUGCUCGGACUGCUGUACAAAAUACUCAGAAAUCGCAAUAGACAAGACACAGAAGAACAUUUUAAUUAUGCAGAUUGUGACAGAUUUUCUAAAAGUUAUUCUAGGUGAAGGACACAAGAACACACGCACGAGAAAAACAUUUAGUUGUCAAUUUCAUGAUAAAAGAUCCCCUAACAAAACUAAGGGUGCCCCAAUAAGAUAAUAAUGUCAGAUUUUGGUGUAAUAUGUUUACUUGUGCAGAGUCCGAUAUUAGAUAAACGUCCUCCAACAACUACACAAGGCUAGUAUUUUCUUGUAAUUUAGUAAAGCAAUUUACAAUGGGUAAACAUGGUAGGCUAUAGGCUACUAGGAGUAAGCAGCUACACAACAGCUAAGCACACAAUACAACACAAGUUAGUCAUUCAUAAUAAGUGUCCUUAAUUUAACAUUAUUGUAGUUUAUAACACAUUUGUCAAGAUAAACAAGUAUCAACUAGUUAUAGUUGCAUAUUAAAUAUACCAAGUCUCCAAAGCAGAAGUGUAUUAGGAAGUAUCUAGUAACAAACGUGUCUACAUCAUUCAAAUAUCUGCGUCGUGAGCUUAAUUAUUGAGCUUAAUUAUUGUAGCAACUAAGUGGUGCCAAAAAGCAAAUUACGACUCCACUUCAAGUUAAAGACAUACGUCCAUUCCAAUUAACAAUACAUAGGUUAGCGUUUUCAUUGCCUACCAU